GGGAGAGGAACAAAACACUAUGGCCUGAUUGUGGUUGGUCAUUCCCUAGGGGCUGGCACGGCUGCCAUCCUGUCCUUCCUCUUGCGUCCGCAGUACCCAUCACUGAAGUGCUUUGCCUAUUCUCCCCCAGGUGGGCUGCUGAGUGAGGAUGCCAUGGAGUACUCAAAAGAGUUUGUGACUGCAGUCGUGCUUGGCAAAGAUCUAGUGCCCAGAAUUGGUCUCUCUCAGCUGGAGGGAUUUCGCCGGCAGCUUCUGGAUGUUCUUCAAAGAAGUAACAAACCCAAGUGGCGAAUCAUUGUGGGUGCUACAAAAUGCAUCCCCAAGUCAGAGCUCCCUGAAGAGACAGAAGAAAAUUCAGUAACGAGCAAUCGCCUCUGGACCCACCCCAGCGAUCUGACUAUUGCCCUGUCUGCGAGCACCCCGCUUUACCCACCUGGUCGCAUCAUCCACGUGGUGCACAAUCAUCCCGCAGAGCAGUGCUGUUGCUGUGAUCAAGAGGAUCCCACUUACUUUGCUAUCUGGGGUGACAAUAAAGCGUUUAAUGAGGUGAUCAUCUCGCCAGCGAUGUUGCACGAACACCUCCCAUAUGUGGUCAUGGAAGGGCUCAACAAGGUCUUGGAGAAUUACAACAAGGGGAAAACAGCUUUACUUUCUGCAGCCAAAGUGAUGGUGAGUCCUACAGAAGUGGAUCUCACCCCAGAGUUGAUCUUCCAGAGUCAGCCCUUGCCUAGUGGACCCUCAGUGCAGAUUGGAACUGGAGCUAUUACAGUGGACAGAAGGAACAGCAGUACUAAGAGCAAGUCCCAUUCUGAGAUUAGCUUGGAGGGGUUUUAUGAGACGAAGCCACUUUCUCCCGUGCAGAAAGACCCGGUGGAGCUGCUUCUCCUGGAUACAAAGGAACGGCUGUCAGUGGAGCUGCAGGACCGUCGUGCCCCUCUUGCAACCAUGGAGAGCCUUUCGGACAAUGAAUCCAUUUACAGCUUUGAUUCAAGGCGCUCCUCUGGUUUUCGGAGCAUCCGAGGCUCCCCCAGCCUCCAUGCUGUCAUGGAGAAGGAUGAGACGCACUGCUUUUAUAUAGACCCUGUUAUCCCUGAGGAGAACCCCUCCCUCAGCUCGCGGACAGAGCUGCUGGCUGCUGAUAGCCUCUCCAAGCACUCCCAGGAGACUCAGCCCCCCGACAAUGUGCUCAACAGCGGUGGCACUACCCCGCAGCGACGCUGCAGUGAGGAGGGGGCCAGCAGUGAAGGGGACCGCGUUUCCUUAGCCCCUCGUGAGGAGCUGUCCCUCCAGAAUGGACGGCUUACUGAUGUUCCCAGUCCCCAAGUGCUGGAGUUUGCUGAGUUCAUAGACAGCCUCUUUAAUUUGGAUAGCAAAAGCAGCUCUUUCCAGGACAUCUACUGCAUGAUGGUGUCAGACAGCUCCAGUGACUUUGCAGAGAUGCCCAAGUCCGUCAGUGAUCAGGAGAUCCUGUUGAGGGCACAAUAUGAACCAAACCUAGUCCCAAAGCCCCCAAGGUUGUUUGCAGGCUCAACAGAUCCUUCAUCAGGCAUCUCUGUCUCCCCCUCUUUCCCCCUUAGUUCAUCUGGAGAACUCAUGGACAUCACUCCCACAGGUGUGAGCAGCCAGGAGUGCCUGGCCACUGACAAAAUCCGGACUUCCACCCCCUCUGGGCACGUAACCAGCCCUGCCAAGCAGGACGACCUCAUGAUUUCAGCCCUCUAG